GGUUUCUCUCUGACCACACUAGUGGUGUGACGGAGCUCCAAUGCGCUGCUGGAAUUAAUUUAAUUCGUUAUUGCUCAAUCCGCCCCUUUGCAAGGAGAGACGGUCUUGGCAGCCUCCUCUGCUUUCCAGCAGCAGCAGUAAAGCAACGCUUUCCAAGAGGAGAGCGCAGAUCGGGAGAGGGCAAGAUUCUGCAGACUCACAGCCAGCACCCUCAACUCUGACAGGCAGCGGCUCUCUCUGAGCCGAUCAGGCAGCGUGUGCAUGCGCCUCUUCCACGCCCCUUCCACAACUCUGCCAACUCGGGGCUGCUUGUAUAAUGGGACGUGGGAACGCCUGUCUGCGGGAGCAUGUGCUCUGCCACUGAUCCUGGCUCGCAGCACACGCCCUCCUUAAGACUGUUUGCAAACCCAGAACCUUGAAAGGAGCAAAGAGAAGCCGAUCCACAAGGCCAGCACGAGACAGCCAUGCCCAUCUCGAGGAAGUUCAGAGGGCAAACUUCACCCACUGUUGGGCUAUAAAGAAUAUUGCUGGGUGUUCCCUGCUCCAUUCAAGGUGCAUGUAUGUGCAUAUACUGAAGAUCUCGCUCUCUCUAUAUAUAUCUCUGCCUUAUUUCCAUUUGGGGCAUUCGCUGCAAACAGAGCAGCAACUCAGAUCAGAGAACUGACAGCAGGAGCGUUUAAAAUGAAGACUGAAAAUCAAUAUACGGGCGGCGUGCCAUGCGAAGGCAGGAAGGGGGUGAGUGUCUGCCUGGCAGACGACGCUGUUUCCUUGUCUUUUUCUGUGGGCAUGUGGGUCGAGGGGUAAACGGGCAAAAUACAGUAGAAUUUUGCCAAUUGCAACACAGAACCUCUUGUUUUACAACAGAAUAUCCCAAUUUUCAUGCGGAAUGUUGGAGGGUGUGGACUCAGACCACAGUCUGUUUGCUGCUGGAUCUUGGAGACAGGCCUGUUUUUAAGGAUUUUUUUUCAGGGUGUGUUGGUGGGGGGGGGGGCAGGGUCACUGCAAGACAGAAAAGGCUGAGGGUUUGGCGGAGUUCCCCUGGUCACAAAACCCCAUGACAUAAAGGUCCAAAAAGACACGUUGUCAGAAGAGCAGGUGGUUGUGCACUGAAAAAUAUUGGCAUUUUAUUUUUUAGAAAAAGAGGCAAUGGAGUUAGGAUGUUGAGAAUUUGAGGCACCCGGGUUUCAACCCUACAGACAUCUUUGCACAAUAUUGAUUGGUCAACAUUUUGGCAUGCUGGCAAUCAGCAUCCGAUGUCUGAGAUUCCGUUUUCUGUAGUCUUUUAAGCACUGUGUAGUUUUUCCUCGGUCUGCAACAUUCUUUUUUUGUUCCAAGCAAGGAGCCUGUGCAUGCCCAACAGCACUGCAGGGAAACAAGGGGAGAUAAUCUGCCCUGCUAAUUGCCAAAGGUGCAGGGGUGGCGUGACUUGCAAACAACCCAACCCUGGGCUGGCAGGGUUUUUAUUACUGCAGGCACGCAUCCAUAAAGCAGCAGGCAGUUCCACAGGUGCACUUUGAAUCUCUUCACUGCUGACUGGUGAUGCAUGGUUUGGGUCACAGCCCUCAGAGAAUGCAUUGUAGGUCCGCGGAGAAGGCAGAGACAUCUUGAGCCAACCUAGGUAAAGGUAAAGGGACCCCUGACCAUUAGGUCCAGUCGCUGACGACUCUGGGGUUGCAGCGCUCAUCUUGCUAUAUUGGCCGGGGGAGCCGGCAUACAGCUUCCAGGUCAUGUGGCCAGCAUGACUAAGCCGCUUCUGUCAAACCAGAGCAGCACACAGAAACGCCGUUUACCUUCCCACCGGAGCGGUACCUAUUUAUCUACUUGCACUUUGGCAUGCUUUCGAACUGCUAGGUUGGCAGGAGCAGGGACCGAGCAAUGGGAGCUCACCCCGUCACGGGGAUUCGAACUGCCGACCUUCUGAUCGGCAAGCCCUAGGCUCUGUGGUUUAACCCACAGCGCCACCUGCGUCCCAUUUGAGCCAACCCUACAGACCCAUAAAUGUGAGCUUGAGACCCAGGAGCCGUUUGUCAAUGCCAAAAUGCCCAGCCUAAAACAUGUGAAGUAGUAGUGAAGCGAGUGCCUCUGAGCAUGUACUGAGUUCCUAGUAUUUAGUUCUUAAUUGAGACUUUCCAGAGCCUGAUUUUAGGUAGUUAUGCUUUCUGGCCUGGAUGCUUGACCCAACCCCAAGCCUGUAGAGGUUGGAUGUGCCAAUUUGGUAAUGCAUUCUGCACAUGCUCAGAGUCAUAGCAUGGGGGAAGUGUCCCAUUCUACCAAGAAUAAAUGUUGCACUUUUGCAUGCUGUGGUAUGUAAUUUCCCCAUGAGAGAAGCAGAAAUGGCAAGCCAGCUGUGCACUAAAGUUGGCAUCAGCCCCAUACCUUUUCAAAAUACCUGGAGGUCUCUUGCGUAGAAGAUGACAAAGACUUGCAAGGCUGCCUUCACACUGUACAUUUAAAAGAGCAUGGCUUCCUCACAGAGUAUCCUGGGAACUGUAGCUCACAGCGCCCUUAACAAACUACUGCCCCAACCAGCAUAGCCACUGGUUGGGAAGACACAAUUUGCAAUUGAAGAUAAUUGCUCCAUGGACAGCAGACUAGUCACUGGAAGUCGCUGAGAGCUAGAAGUUCAUAGGACUUUAACAUCAGCUGAACCAGAAUGACUGAAAGACUCCCUAAUUCGAGAGAGUAAAACCACGUUCGCACCAUUCAUUUAUAAUGCUAUGGUACCAUUUAAACAGUCGUGGCUUCACCCAUGGAAACCUGGGGGCUGCAGUUUGCUCAAGGUGCUGAGAGUUGUUAGGAGACUCCCUAUUCCCCAUUUAAAGUGGUAUGAUACUGCUUUAAAUGUACAGUGUGAAUGUGGCCUAAGGCUGUGCAUACACUGAAUUUUUAAAGCACAUUGUUCCCCCUUAAGAAUGCCGGGAACUGUAGUUCACCCCUUGGAACUAUAGUUCCCAGCACCCAUAACAAACUACAGAUCCCAGGAUUGGGGUUUUUUUUGGGGGGGGGAAUCAUGUACUUUAAAUGUGUGGUGUGCCUAUGUAUGUUCUCUCCUGAGAGCAAAUCGAUCAGAAGGACUUAAGUGGAGGAAGGCUGAUUGCAUUUGAAAACUGACAGAAACAUCUUCAACAAUGGAACUAGUUACAGUACCUAGGAAUUGGUGUUGGGUCUCACUUAAGAAUGUAAGAGGAGCCCUGCAGGAUCAGGCCAAGAGCCCAUAUAGUCCAACAUCCUGCUCUCGCCAGUUGCCUUUGGGGACCCCUCAAGCGGGCCUGAGCACUGCGGGCUGUCCCAAGUUGAUAGCUAUCAUUGCUUGCUGUGGGAGGGACAUGUUACGGAAAAAUCUAGGUACAAGGCUGCUCAGUCACCGGCAGAGCCCGUGGGUCCCUGCGGAAUAAAGGAAGGAGUCCAGCCACCAACUGGAGCAAAUAGCUGUAGACCAAAGUUUAUUGCGCAACAGGUUCAAGGAGGAAUUUUGAACCCCAAGGAUGGGGUGACAAGGACUUUUAAAAGUUUCUAUCUUACCCCAGCAUACAGUUCAUUAAGCAUCAUCACUACAUCAUUGCUACAUCAGAAAAGGGGAAGGUUAUACAUGAUAAACAUAGGAGGAAUGUGUUGGGGCAACAGGCGGAUACAGGAUAUGUAUUGGGAAGUACAUUCUAAGCACCUACUACAAAGGGACAAUAGGACUUUGGUUUGCAUAGUCUGCCACCACCUAUGGUUUCCAAGUCCUUGGCCAACGAAGCAAAUUGGCGGUGGAAUGAAGGAAACUGGCAAAGGAGUUGAUUUUAUAUGAUUUUUAAAGCUAGGUAACUUCCCUGAGCUGUCAAGUCGAAAUGAUACGUUUAUGCAUAAUAUUUGUAACAUUUAACAACUUUAAAGAUGUGCCCCGCCCCGCCCCCCGUAAUUUCCGUAACAAACUUUGUGCUGCACAAAGAAGCACAUUUCUUUUAUGAGUCUUGAAUCUUCCAACAUUCAGCCUCAUUGGAGCCCCACAAAUUCUAGUGUUAUGAGAGAGGAAGAAAAAACUUUCCCUGAACUGAAAAAAAUCCCAAAUGUUGCAACCAUCUACUUGUUACAGUUAGGGAGGCGAUGAGCCAGCAAUAAAUCUGCCUCCAGGGUGCUUGGGUGGGCGCCAGAAUAUGUCAAACGGGGGGGGGGGGCAGGGAGGUGGGAGGAGCAGAGAGAGCAGAGAGGUCAACUGUGGUCAUUGGGAAGGCCUGGGUCCUCAAUGGAAAAUAUGAUCCACCUUCCUGGAAGACGGGGAACGAAACUCUUUAUGCCCUGGCAGUGUUUUUAAAAGCCCCCAGCUGCAACCUUGGCCAGAAACGCCACGUUGUUUAUAGGCUGGUACCUUGUGAUGUGGAAGGAUCUUUCGGAACGUGCGUGGAAAGGUCAUCCAUCCUUCCGAAAUUGUUCAGCUAGAAAUACAGGACUUUUUUUCCAGGGGUGGGGGGUGGGAGGGAGUGAUGGAAAAAUCCAGAUCGCUUGCCUUUCCAAUAUUUUCUCCAUGUCUUUGCUUUUUAAAUGUUGGCGAGUUUGGAUCUGCAUGUCGCUCUGGGGCUUUUUAAAAAGAGAAAGCAAUGAAUGAAUGAAAUGAAUAAUCCUAAUACAGUGGUAAAAGGUAAAGGGACCCCUGACCAUUAGGUCCAGUCGUGACCGACUCUGGGAUUUUAUUGGCCAAGGGAGCUGGCGUACAGCUUCUGGGUCAUGUGGCCAGCAUGACUGAGCUGCUUCUGGCGAACCAGAGCAGCGCACAGAAAGGCCGUUUACCUUCCCGCAGGCGCGGUACCUAUUUAUCUACCUGCACUUUGACGUGCUUUCGAACUGCUAGGUUGGCAGGAGCAGGGACCGAGCAACGGGAGCUCACCCCGUCGUGGGGAUUCAAACUGCCAACCUUCUGAUCAGCAAGUCCUAGGCUCUGUGGUUUAACCCACAGCGCCACCCGUGUCAAUACAGUGGUACCUCGUGUUAAGUACUUAAUUCAUUCCGGAGGUCCGUUCUUAACCUGAAACUGUUCUUAACCUGAAGCACCACUUUAGCUAAUGGGGCCUCCUGCUGCUGCCACCGCGCUGCUGGAGCCUGAUUUCUGUUCUCAUCCUGAAGCAAAGUUCUUAACCUGAAGCACUAUUUCUGGGUUAGCGGAGUCUGUAACCUGAAGCAUAUGUAACCUGAAGCGUAUGUAACCCGAGGUACCACUGUAAUGGCUCAAAGAAAAAGGGAGCCAGUCUUGUAAUGUAAGCCAGGCUAAGAGAUCAUGCCUGGCCCAAGGUCACUGAGUGAGUGUCAUGGCUGAGUAUGGAUGUGUAGAUAUUUUCCAGCUUUGCAGGUGGUUGAGCCUUUGGGUCCCCUCCAACUCUAUAAUUCUAUUAACUUUGAAUAGGACGGCAGAUCCAUCCUUUUGGACCCGUACAUGAAAAGUUAAGCUGCCAUUUCUCAUCACAGCACUGUGCUGUUUUGAACAGUUGGUAAGAGAUGUCAGGGCAAUGGUGUUCCUCUAGCUUUUUCCUAACCUAAGCCAUACUUUCCUGGUUUUUCAAACAGGAUUAAAUAGGUUCUUGCAGGGUAAAUGAUUAAUUAAUAUAAAAGGUUUGCCCUCAAUGUGGGACAGAAACUUUCCUGGACCGAGGGCUGCAUUCCCUUCUGGGCAACCUUCCGAGGGCCAAAUGCCAGUGGUGGGUGUGGCCAGAGACAAAAGUGGGUGGGGCAAUGAAUGACCUUUUUUUAAAACCUUUUGCGUACAAGGCUAGUUCCUGCAAAUACUGUACUCCAUCUAAGCAAGAGGCAUGAUCAGAGUUCAAGGACGCAUUUCCAGCCGGGGGUGUGGUCUUGGGGUGUGAAUCAGAGCCGGCAAAGGGGGUGUGGUUGGGAAGAGUUCCGAGGGCCAGAUAAGAGAGGCGAGGAGGACCACAUGUGGUUCCUUGCUCUUUGCACGUUUGGGAUAAGGAAGGACACUUCCUGGGCUGAUUUUAGGAAGCUGGUUGACCCUCCAACCACUCUCACCUCUUCUUGCCUGCAGAGAAUGACCCUCGUCCUCAGCUUGGUGACCUUCGUGGCUGCCUUUGGUUCAUCUUUCCAGUAUGGCUACAACGUCUCUGUGAUAAACUCUCCAGAACUGGUAGGUAGAGUCUCUGUGCUCGCUCACACCUUUCCCACUUUGCAUCACCGGAGGCCAGAGAUCCCUUUCUCCUCAUGCAGAUGGGCCAGCACAAUAAACUUGCUGAUUUAAUGCUGCAUUUUACAAUGUUGCAACCCACCCACCCUGUGACCUUAGGACUGGAAAGUAUUAAUAAUAAUAUAAAGACGUUCUUUGUUGAUAGAACUUUGAGCACCAUCAACCAGAAAUGGUGAACGUUGACAUGGUUUACAUCAGGUAAAGGGGAAGCUGUGGCCUCCCAGAGGUUGUUGUACUCCAAUACCCAUCGUCCAGAGCGACCAGUCCUCAUGGAUGAUGGGUUCUGUAGUCCCACAACAUCCGGAAAUCCGCAGGUUCCCUGUUCCUGGCUUACUUAGAAGAGGGCAUUGUUGAUGAACCUUGAUACCUCUCUUCUUCCAGUUCAUGAAAGCUUUUUACAACGAAACCUACUAUGAAAGGAAUGGGGAGUACAUGAGCAAGGACAUGAUAACAGCCCUCUGGUCGAUCACAGUGUCUUUCUUCCCGCUCGGAGGGUUCUUUGGGUCGCUUUUGGUUGGCCCCAUGGUGAACAAAUGCGGCAGGUAAGAAAAGCAUGGUUCUGGCUCACAUUGCUGGUUGUGGUGUGAUGCAGAGGGGGUGCAAAGCAAGGGCAGCCAGGAUAGGGCCUUCUAGAUGUUGUUGCCCUAAAGGGUUUACAACUUCCCAUGACUCCUGGGAGCACCAGCCAGAAAGGAGUCUCCCUCCUGCUCCUGUCUCUGAAUGAGUGCCAUCUCUGACUUUUUAUUAUGACUGAUUGAAACAGGUAUGGGGACCUGGGGACUGCACCAGAUUCUUGUUGUCGGACUCUGCUGCAAAAGUUCCAAAUAUUGGUAUAGGAAUUCAAGAGUGGCUUGUGAGAGCCAUACAGUUGAGCUGGAGCAACCAGCUCAAACCUCUUCCCAAGCUGAGCUUCUCAGGUAGACUGGGGAAGAACAAAGGCUUGCUUGUUGUUGACGCACCCGACCAUAAGACACACCUAGUUUAAGAGGAGGAGAACAAGAAAAAAAAUAUUCUCUCACUCUCUGCGCAGCGCCUCUCCAGCAAACCGGGAGGGGAAAUGGAAGGGGAUCUGUUUCUCCUCCCGCUUUGCUGAAGGGGCGCCGCACAGCUCCCCCCCUCUGUGCAGCGCCUCUCCAGCGAAGCGAAGUCAGAACAGCAAAAGGGAUCGCUGCGCAGGGGGAAAAGUGCAUCUUAUACAGCGAGAAAUACAGUAUUUCCUCUCAAGGGGAGGGGAAGUGACCUAGGCUAAGCCUGGCAGGACAGCUUACUCUACUAUAGCAUUAACCAUUAACUUAAGCAUGUUGGUUAUAUGAGAUUGGUUAUCCCACAACUCCCUCCCUCCCUCCCCAGAAAGGGCACCUUACUGAUCAACAACGUCUUCUCCAUCAUCCCUGCAAUUCUCAUGGGAGCCUCCAAGGUGGCAAAGACUUUCGAAGUGAUCAUCGUCUGUCGGGUCAUCAUUGGCAUCUGUGCAGGUGAGCCCAGCAGAGCACCUGUGCACCUGUCUUAAGUUACCUUCUUAAGAAGGCCUGCAUUUUUUGGAACCUCUAUCCAGACCGUUCCUCUGGGUUGGGUUCGGAUACGCUGCACCCUUUUGUUGCCGUUCCCAGAUUCAUCUGCAUUUGUCUUGCUGUCUUUUCCACCAGGCCUGUCUUCCAACGUUGUCCCCAUGUACCUUGGAGAGCUGUCUCCCAAAAACCUAAGGGGGGCCGUGGGGGUGGUCCCGCAGCUCUUCAUCACCAUCGGGAUCCUCGCUGCUCAGAUUCUGGGCAUGCGGAUGAUCCUUGGAAGCACAGAAGGUAAAUGAGGAAUGCGUCGAAUUUCCUGCUCUGAUAGCAUUUUAUUUAUCUGUUUAGAGGGGCUUUUAAAAAAAACUAUAAAAAAACCUCUGCUCUUCAGCCAAAGAGGCUCCCAGAAUUGCUUGCAUUAAAAAAAAACAAGAACAAGACAAGCUACCUAGUUCCCACAUAGCUGUCAACCGUCCCUUAUUUUGCGGGAAACUCCCUUAUCCCAGCGCUGUGUCCUGCUGCUGUCUCUUAUUGAGGAUGUCCCUUAAAUUUCCCGGGUUUCAAAGGAAGCAGCUCCUCUCCCUCCCUCACUGCUGGCCAGGGAGGAGGGAGGCUCCAACUGUGUUGCUUGGCUACGUUGCUCACCCAAUAAGGAGUCUAAGAACGACUAGGGGGGUGGAGCUUGCAUGCCUUGUGCCGAUCAAAUCGGCCGUGUUGCCUGGGGACUCGCCUUUGCUCAGCGCUUCCCAGCGGAGAGGUGACGGUGGUUUUCCUUGCUGCAUCCCCUUUGCCGGGUUGCUGCGCUGUGGGAACCACUGCUUGAGGCUUCGUUUGGCUGCUGGCUGGGCUUUCUGCCUUUGGCUCGGAGGGGCUCAGAAGUUGAACAUACCUGUGCCCUGAAAAUCCCUUAUUUUGGCUGCUGGUCCCUUAUUUUCGAGGCUGCUGGUCCCUUAUUUUCAAAUCUGUAAGUUCACAGCUAUGAGUUCCCAGAAUUGCAACCUAAAAGACAUGACACAAAAGAGGAAAGGGAUAGGGAGGGAGGAGGAAAAGUAGAGUGAAAAUAGUUGCAGAAUGUGGGGGGAUUGAAUAAAUUUGUGGAGGGCAAAGCUGCAUACAGCUACUAGCCACAAUGGCUUGCAUUCUGCCUCCACCAGCACAAGCAGCAUGCCUCUAAAUGCCCAAAGCCCUGGAGUUACUGCCUGUCAGUGUAGACAAUACUGACCUCAAUGGACCUAUGACCUGACUCAGUGUAAGAGAGCUUCCUGUGUCCAACAGGCUGCUAUUAUUAUCUUGUGAACUACCCUGAGAUAUUAUGACGAAGGGUGGUAUAGAAGUCUAAUAAAUAAAUGGAAAUAAAAAUAGAUGACUGACUUGCACAGCACGUAGUUAAACUGUGGAAUUGGCUUCUGCAGGAGGCAGCAGUGACCACCAAUCAGAAUGGCUUUGAGAGAGGAUUAGACACAUUCCAGGAGGUCAAGUCUCUAGACUGCUAAUAGCCACAGUUCUUCCUCCACUGUACCCAAGGCAGUAAUGCUUCUGAAUCUCAGUUGCUGAGAAUCACAGGAGGGCUUCCCAUAACGGCCAUCUGGUUUGGCCGCUGUGAGGACAGGAUGAUGCAGGUGGUGCUGUGGUCUAAACCACUGAGCCUCUUGGGCUUGCCGAUCAGAAGGUCGGCCGUUCGAAUCCACGCGACGGGGUGAGCUCCCGUUGCUCUUUCCCAGCUCCUGCCAACCUAGCAGUUCAAAAGCACACCAGUGCAAGUAGAUAUAUAGGUACCACUGUGGCGGGAAGGUAAAUGGCAUUUCCGUGCACUCUGGUUUCCGUCACUGUGUCCCAUUGAGCCAGAAGUGGUUUAGUCCUGCUGGCCACAUGACCCGGAAAGCAGUCUGUGGACAAAUGCCGGCUCCCUCUUUCUGAAAGCGAGAUGAGUGCCACAACCUCAUAGUCACCUUUGCCUGGACUUAACUGUCCCGGGGUCCUUUGUUAGUUUGUUUUUUUACCUUUGGCCUGAUCCAGCAAACUCUUCUCAUGUGUCUUAUCCUGUUGCAGGCAUAGCAACAUUUCUCUUUUUUCUCAUGUUGCAGGCUGGCCAAUUCUGUUGGGUUUAACUGGGAUCCCUGCAGUACUGCAGCUUUUCCUGCUUCCCUUUUUCCCUGAAAGUCCCAGGUACCUGCUGAUCCAGAAGGGAGAUGAAGCGAGUGCCAUAGCAGGUAAAACACCUACUUAUAAGAUACAAUCUCAAAUGGAGGGAGGCCCUAAGCUACUGAAGGUAACGGGGACCUUUAUAUUUCCAGCUGUCCUUUGUCAACAAAAAAAUUGCCGCUGCUUUUUGUGUUGAAUAUAUGCUAUAUGGCAAUUUAUGGACCUAAUAGGUAUCUAAAGCCAUUUGCACAUGUUGUCAUGCAACCAGUCCAUGCAAAAUGUAGGCACCCUAUAUAUAGAAAUGAGCAAACCAGUGAUAUUUUAGGGAGCAGGCUAGCAGGCGGGGCCCAUUACUUACAUCAUAGUAGCCUACACAACACAAAACGCUGUUGCUGUAUGUAGGUUUUAUUUUACUUGUUUUUUGUCUUAUAUUUUGGAAAUGUACAUCCAGUUUUUUUCCCCUUUAAAAUUUUUGGCGCCCCCAAGAGAGUGGGGCCCUAAGUUAUAGUGUGUUUAGCUUAUACGUAAAUCCAGCACGGGAAGUGAAGCUGGGUAGAGAAGAGGGAUGUGAAACUGCAUCUAACAAGUGUGUAUUUUACUACCUGCGAACUGCUACGGAGGUAUACAAACAACUCCUUGUUCGGUAUCCUGUCUCCGUGAGUGGUAGGAUAUCUUCUUGCUAGUCAAACCAAAGCUAUCUCCUGCGGCCUGAGCUCAGGUGUGACACAGCAUCUGAUUACCUGUGGGCCCUCCCAAUGAUGCUGAACUCCAGCUCCUGUCGAUGCCUGCAGGGGGUGAUGGGAGUUGUAGUCCAAAACCUCUACAGAACGGAUUGACAGUGGUUUUCCAAAGGGGGCAUUACCACCCCCCCAGGGGAGAAGUGGGAUUGCCUGGAGGGUGCUAGAGGUGUAACUUACUAACAGUCUUUGAAUCGCUGGAUCAAGUCCAUCUAUUUUUGUAGAAUUAAUUGAACUAGUUUUAAUUGGAUUGUGAAUAAAUGUGCAAUUAAUCAUUACCAGGGGUGCCAACUUGAAUAAAAUAUUGGAGAGGGGGGCAGGUAAGCCCUACCCUACAUAAUUCAUGCACAUCAUUUGAAUGUCGAUGCCUGUCAACUUCGGGGGUGCCCUACUCCCACAAAUAUUUUAUUGAUCGUUACUGUUUUAUUGAUCAUUACUCCACCCCCAUCGUCUCCACCCCCAUCUUUCAGCCCGGACACUGAGAUCCAGUGCCGAGGGCCUUCUCGGUAGUGGCGCCCACCCUGUGGAACACCCUCCCUUCAGAUGUGAAGGAAAUAAGUAGCUAUCCUAUUUUUUAAAGACAUCUGAAGGCAGCCCUGUUUAGGGAAGUUUUUAAUAUUUAACGCUGUAUUGUUUUUAGUACUUGAUUGGGAGCCGCCCAGAGUGGCUGGGGAAACUUCUUCUUCUUCUUCUUCUUCUUCUUCUUCUUCUUCUUCUUCUUCUUCUUCUUCUUAUUACUGUUUAAAUGUUAAUGUGUUACUGUCUUCCUUAGUGGGUUGUGCUGACCGCUCUUCUGAAUAAUGCCUUUUAUAGAGUAGCCGGGCAGGAUGGCACUGGGCUUGGGUCUAUGGAACCGAGGACCCAUAAAAGUUUAGGAACCACUGUUGUUAAUGAAUGAAAAACCUUGAGAGUGGCAUGGGCUGCAGGCAAAGCACCUCCAGUCUUUUCUGCCAGGUUCCUGCCGCCUUGGUGACCUUCCUUCCUUCCUUCUUCCCAUCCAGCCCUGAGGAAGCUGAGGGGCUGGGAUGACGUAGAGGAGGAGAUGGAGGAGAUGCGCCUGGAGGACCAGGCGGAGAAAGCCGAGGGGCGGAUGUCCGUGCUGACCCUCUUCACCUACCGAGGCCUCCGCUGGCAGCUCAUCUCCAUCAUCGUGAUGAUGGCGGGGCAGCAGCUCUCCGGGAUUAACGCCGUAAGUAAACCAGCAUCCCAAGUCACAGUUCAGAGGGUUGUUGUUUCUUUUCUCCAUGUGCACUCGAACAUAAGUUGGAUGUGAUUCGCCUCACUAGAAGGGGAUCUAAGAGCAACUUCGCUGUGUCUCCUGACUCUGGGCUAUGCAUCACGCUUCUUCCUUUGCAGAGGUACCUUGCCAGAGCAGACCAAAGAGGCCUAUCUAAGCCUAGCAUCCGGAUUCCCAGCAUGCCUAACGAUGGAUGCUUAAGAACAUAAGGAGCCUGUUGGAUCAGGCACAGCCUGUAUUUUAUACUGUAUGUGUUAAGUUGUGGGUGAACAUAUCAGACGACACAGCGAUUCUUCAAACAGCUCUUGUUUAUUAACAGGCCAGGACAGAACUGAACUGAAGGGUUCAGUCAGCCUGCUUAUAUAGAGCUCCACUACAACGUUACUGUAACAACUUUCUAAAACUAUCCAAUCACUGAACGUCACUUUCGAUCCCUUAUUUGCAUAACUAUCUACAGUAUCCCCCUGCUGGCCCAGGGUGAGAACUUCAGUACAUAACAGUAUGUUAUGCUGCUUUUACAAUUAAGUGUUUUAAAUUUGUUGUUAGCCCCCCUGAGCCCGGUUUUUGAACCGGGGAGGGCAGGGUAUAAAUAAAAUUUAUUAUUAUUAUUAUUCCCAUAGGGGUGUCCAGUUGGCCCCAGCGUGCUGGACUAGGUGCUCCUUUGGUUUGAUCCAGGAGGGCUCUACCUAUGUUCUUACUCACCAUUCGCUUCUUGCAAGGGAAUCGGACAAAUUUACAGAGGUCAAGGCUAGCAGUGAUGCCUCUGAAUAGCAGUUGCUGAAAACUGGAGGAGAGCAGAGAGCUCUUCUGCUCAAGUCCUGCUUGCGGGUUUUCCACAGCCAUGUGUUCAGCUACGGUGAGAACAGGACGCUGGACUAUUCCUGCAUUGCAGGGGGUUGGACUGGAUGACCCUUGGGGGUUCCCUUCCGACUCUUACCAUUCUGUGAUUCCAUUGGGCCGAUCCAUCUUGGCACUCUUCUGAUGUUCAACGCUUUCCUGCUUGUGGGCAUGACUGAAUUUUGGUUGCUUGUUUGUCUUUCAUCCAACCCCAGGUCUACUACUAUGCUGACAGUAUCUAUAGGAGCUCAGGUGUGGAGGAAAACGACGUGCAGUUCGUGACUGUGGGGACAGGGGCCGUCAACGUCGUGAUGACGUUGUUAGCGGUACGGCUUACCAUAUUGAUUUAUUAUUAUUAUUUAUUAUUAAGCACCAGAGCUGGGUUAGGUGCUCGACCUGUGUGGGGUGGGGAAGCUAUUAUUAUUAUUAUUAUUAUUAUUAUUAAUUAUUAUUAUUAUUUAUUUAACAAAGUUUAUAUUGAUGGUAACAACCUGGAAGCAAGAAAUAUUAACAUUAUCAAGAAAGGGGUUUCAAGGUGGCAGCCAACAAACAGCUCCUUCGAACUGCUCCUCUGAUAAGCUUUUAAUUUAACCUUAUUAAUUAAUUAAUUAAUUAAUCAAUCAAUGCAUGCAUGCAUGAAUGCUUUUAACAUUUUAAUACUCUCCUUUUAUCUAAGCAAAAUAGUAAAUAUUUCUGUAGUGGGGAUUAAGCUGCUUUUGUUAUAGGCAUGCUACUAAAAUGAUUACUUAAAGACCAGGUUGAAAAACAAGUAGUGAAAACUUGUUUAUUAGAACCUCACAUUGGAACUCCCCAGCUAUUGAUAAUUAUGCAUGUGUCUUCACUGGGCUCUUUUUCGCGCCUGUUAAAAACAUUUUUGUUUUGUCAAGCUUACCCAGAUAUUUAGAACGCUGGUGUGUUUUUUAGGUUUUUUGCUGGUUUUGAUUUUUUGAACAUUUUAAAUAGUUGUUUUCAUCGUUCUUACCAAUAAUUUUAUUGUUUUGUUCUGCUUUGAGGAUUUUUACAGUCAGAAUUUUAUGAAAUAAAUCAUUUCAUUUCAAAUUCACUUUUAGGAUUAAAUAAAUAAAAAUAAACCCAUUUAAAGCAGUAAAAUAUGUACAUAUGAACUAAUAGUGUUCACUGCUAGCAGCAGUUAAGAGGAUCAAUACUCCCUACAGCUGCAUAAAGUAGUUUGUAAAAUAGCAGUGUGUGAAAACUGUAGCGAUCCAACAUGAAAAGCCCCGUUGGACUCAAAAAAUGAGAAUGUAGGGAGCUUGUCUUUAAUCUCCUGGUGUAAGAAUCCCAUAGCUGUGGUGCCACCACCGAAAGGCCCCCGAAUGAAUCCCUUGCACACAAAUUUACAGGCUGCUCUCUUCCUCCCUAUCUUCUAGGUCCUUAUCGUCGAGUCCCUGGGGCGGAGAAUUCUGCUUCUGGCCGGUUUUGGGAUCUGCUGUGUUGCCUGUGCUGUGCUAACGGUGGCUCUGAACCUCAAGGUGCGUUUAGUGAGCAUCUUUGCCUGGGGCGAGGGGCAGCUGUGCUCAUCAAGAUUUUCUGCAUCUAAAACAUGCAAGUACCAACCACCGUGAAGCAUAAUAACAGUCCUCUCCUCCACCCUUUCACAGGCAUAGAUUAUUUAAUAGCCAUAGACCUGGGUAAAGAGGAAUGUUUUUGCCUGGCACCUAAAGACAUGCAGUGAUGGCACCAGGCAAGCCUCUAUGAGGAGAGCAUUCCAAAGUUGGGGGCCACCACAGAAAAGGCCCGUUCUCUUGUUGCCAGCCUUUGAACCUCUAUGGGAUGGGGGACAUAGAGAAGGGCCUCAAAUGACAAACACAGGAUCCGGGUCAGUUUGUAUGCAGAGAGGCAAGCCUUAAGAUAUUGAGGUCCUGUGUAUUAUUAUCUAGAGCAUUUGUACUCCACUCGUCAGCCAAAAAGGUUGGCCCUGCCUGUCACCUUCCUGCUCCCUAGUCCCAGCAUUGCCCUUCUAGAAAUCAGUAGGAAAGAGGAGGAUGUGGGGACAAGUAGUUAGCUCUGCCUGUUACUGCUUCUGGGUCAGCCAGUCGUUGAGCUCUGGCUCCCCCUACUGUUGGGCUCCCUGCCUUCCGCCCAACGGGCACCAACCUCCACUGGUGUUUGAUCGCCCUUCUUGUUUCCCUGUUGACGCCUCAACAGGGAAAUUGAGAAAUGGCUCUAAACAGCAACUCAAUUCCUCAACAGCACAUCAACGGGAUGCCCUACUUGAGUAUAGCCUGCGUUAUCGCCUAUGUCAUCGGACACGCUAUCGGAGCCAGUAAGUAUGCUCAGAAAAAUGAAUGGUUUCCUUACAUCUCUAUGGUAUCAUUGCUGGUGUGAAUCAUUCUCUUUAAUAAUCAUUUCCCUUGCUCACUCAAUCCUUUGCACCUCAGGCUGGGGGAAACUCCUGUCUGGAAACCCCAGGAGCUCCUGCCAGGCAGUGUAGAUAACACUGAGCUAGAUGCACCAAUGGUCUGACUCGGUAUAAGGCAGCUUCCUGUGUCCCUGUAUCUUAAGGGAAGGGCUGUAGCUUCGUGGUAGAGCAUCUGCUUUGCAUGCAGAAGGUCCCAGGUUCAAUCCCCAGCAGAGUCGUCAUCAUCACCUCUGCCUGAAGCCCUGGAGAGCCGCUGCCAGUCAGUGUAGACCAGGUAUGUCCAAAGUCCGUUUUGGGGGCCUAAUCCUGCCCACCGGUCAGUUUAAUCCUGCCCCUGUGGCAGUUUAUUUCCUGGGGUGAAUGCUCAACAACUUCAAUCCUAAAAAAAAGUCAACAACUUUGGUUGGUCCUUUGGUCAGCCCUCAUGGCCCUUCACUUCAUCAAAUCUGGCCCUCUUUGAAAAAUGUUUGGUGUAGACAGUUCAGAGCUAGGUGGACCAAUGGUCCGAUUCAGUAAAAGGCAGCUUCCUGUUUAUUGUGAAAUUGCUUUGAAGUGCUUCAUUGGAAGCAAUUCACGAAUGUAAAUAUUGUAAUGCCAUCGUACAAAUCUAUGGUGCAACCUCGCCUCAAAAAGGAUAUUGUAGAGUUGGAAAAGGUUCAGAAAAGGGCCACCAAAACAAUUAAGGGAAUUGAAUUUUGGACGAUUCAAGACAGAUAAAAGGAAGUCCUUCUUCACAUUGUUGAACUAUGGAGCUCCCUUCCAAAGGAGGCAGUGAUGGCCACCAACUUCGAUGGCUUUGAGACAAAUUCAUGGAGGAGAUAGCCAUUGAUGGCUACUAGCCAUGAUGACUAUGCCCUGCCUCCACAGUUGGAGGCAGUCAAGUUUCUAAAUACCAGCUGCUGGAGACCAUGGGAGGGGAGAGGGCUCUUGUGUCUGAAUUCUGCUUGCGGGUUUCCCACAGGUUGGCCACUGUGAGAACAGGAUGCUGGACCACCUGGGCCACUGGCUUGAUCCAGCAGGCCUUUCUUACGUCCUUACACAUGAUAAUAAAUAAUUAUCCCUUUCUUCCUUCUCCCAGGCCCGAUUCCGAGUGUGAUGAUAAUUGAGAUGUUCCUCCAGUCGUCUCGCCCAGCGGCAUUCAUGGUUGGAGGCUCUGUUCACUGGCUUUCAAACUUCACAGUGGGUCUGGUCUUCCAAUACAUGGACGUAAGGAAAUUGCGGAUUCAUAACAUUUCUGCUUAAGGCAAUUCAGUUUUAUACAGGGGCAGCGAAUAUGUUUCUCUUCGGGGCAGCCUUCAGAUCAUUACUCUGAUUUAGCCAGCCCAGAAGCCUCCACUUUUGUAAGGAUCAGAUUGGGACCCUCCUGGCUCCUUCUUAUCACUGGAUCCCUGAUGACUUGGAAGCUGUAAUACCACCCUUUGGCCAUCCAGUGUGGUGGCGCCACAGUGCAGGCCAACUCUUUAGUAUGCAAAUUGCCCUGAGGUUGCCGCUCUAGGCACCCGAGCCAUGCUGCCAAAAUUCCCUACCGAAAGUCCCUAAAUGCUUCCUGUCGGAUAGCUCAUGGUGGGUGCUAGCCUUUGACAAUGGUAGACAUUCGCUAAGGCCCACCCUAGUGGGGACUUUAGCAGAAUCAAAUGGUAAAGUUUUUCUGCUUUGGGUUACAAGAGGGGAAGGGAAUAUUUUGCAGCUUGGGGGCCAUGUUCCUUUCUGUGCAACCUUCCAGGGGCCACACAACAGAGAUUUGCUUCUCUUCAACAGAGGGUUGUCAACUCAGUGUAGACCCAUUGAAAUGAAUAGACCCAAGUUUGUUGUGUCCAUUAAUCUGAAUAGGUCUACUCUGAGCAAGACAAGCACUGCAUGCAACUCAGUGUGGUCCUAAAUCGAGCCAACAUCCCAAUGCAUUUUGAACCUGGUGAUGGUUCUUCUGGAGUAAAGAGUAGGAAAAACAAAAUCAUUUUCCAGUAACUCAUCAUUCUCAUCUCAUCUCUCCCUCCCUCUCCUGUUCUCACUUAUUUUUCCUCUAUAUAGCAAGGACUCGGGGCCUAUUCCUUCCUCAUUUUCUGUGGCAUCUGCCUGCUCACCGUCAUUUACAUCUUCCUGGUAGUCCCCGAAACCAAGAACAAAACCUUCAUGGAAAUCAACCAGAUAAUGGCAAAGAGGAACGGCACGGAAGAAGAGGCGGACAAAGAGGAGCUGAAGGAUUUCGCCCCCAUCUCACAGCCUUACAGCAAGAAAGCCGAGGCGCAGAGGAACAGCGCCCUUUAAGACGCCCCUGAUCCCUCGCCCAGGAGUGGCUGAAGCCCAACUCUCCUCCAGCCGUCUUGGUGGCACAUGCCAUCCUUCGAAUUUCCUCCCGCUCCCUGCAUUGUCGUGGGCGAGGUGUAAAUAACCCCAUGCAGCUGUGCCCUGCGGUACCCUCCUUGCUACAUCCUUCUCACAUGGACAAAAACUCCCACCAGCACCCCCCAAAAAAGCUAUUGCCCUUUCUCUAGCAUCAAAGACUUUGCCAUUUCCAGAUGCCUUGCCUAUAAUUCACCUGUUCAAGUCAUAUUUCUGAAGAACCAAGAUGGGGAACUUCUUCCCAAUUCGGAAGCGUUUCCAAAGACGGUAACUGAGUUUGGAGGAUGUUGGUAAAGUGAUCUGCAGGCAGAUGUGUGUUUGGUUGUUAGGCUGCUGUGACUCCGUCUGACCUGAGAUUCACUGUAUGGCUGGACCCAAAGUCCUCUUAGAAAUGUAGCGUUUCCUCUCUGCAUUUCAGCGCAGGGGGAAGCAUUUCCUUCUCACGAAGCCAUGCUGCUUACGCUGGGGUAAGGUGAACAGACAAUUCUUCUGCCUUCACAUCCCACAAACUGAAGCACAGACCUGGGGAUGUACUCCGAGGUGACUCAAGAUAAUCUGAUUUUAGACACCUAGCAUGCAAUUCCUCUUUGCCAAAGGCGGAGGACGUGCCAAAAUUCAGCGCCUUGUAAAAGAUACGAAGAAUAAUCAAGUGAGGCUGCACGGGAAAGUCUCACAGAGCUGGAAGGGGCCUCAAGAGCAUCCAACUGUGUUUAACAUUUUUCCAUGUUAUGUGGAAAUCAGGGACUUUGGCUGAGGCUUUGACACCCCCUAUCACAGCAGUGGGGGACCUAAUUGUGCUCCCCAGCCCCUCCGCCAUUGACCCACAAGACCAUUUCAGCCAAGCUGUCUUACUGGACCCAUCAAAGAGAAUGAACAUGAUUACCUUAGAUUCAUGCAUUCCAGUGGGUCUGCAUUGAGCAUAAUUCGGUUGGAUACAAUCCUGAGAUCUUGUAGGACAUCAGGCGCAGGCAGGUAAAAGACCUGACCCAGCCAAAAAGGGCUUCACCAAACCUACCCACCCCCCAAUCAGCCCUAGUGCAACACAAACCCAGAGGCCUUUCAUCUGCUGCAGCCCUUAUUUUAACUCUGCAUGGGGGUGGGCAUGUGACAGAGUCCCUGUUUCAUUGCAGGAAGCCCUGCCAAUGGAAAAAAGUGAAACUCUAUCUGUCCAAUGCCUGCACUGGCAUUUCUAGCCUUAAAAAGCCCCCACGCCCAACUUGAUGGGGUUCCUAACGAGGUCUCAAAUGACACAGUGGACCCAGAAUAAUUCUGAAUUCCUUGCUGGAGAGUGUGUGUGUGUGUGUUUGCAGCGGGGUCAAGAUGUUUUGGCACCUAUCUCUGCUUGUUAAGGAAGUGAAAGGAGUCUGUUACAACACAGUUUUUAACCUCAGCUCUUCCCCUGCUGCAUCGGUAUCAAUUGUCAGGCUAUAAUGGUUAUAACUAAAACACUAAUUUUAAUCAUUUUGAUUUUCAUUAAAGCACUAAUGGAGCUCUAAUUUUGAUUCAGCCUUAGCUGAACAGGCAAAUAAGUCUAGAAGGCAGUAUCCCUUGAAUGCCUUCCACCUGACCGGCUUGAGAUUUUGCUGUCUGCUUUUCCUGAAGGUGGACCUUUUCUUACCACCUAGAAACUAUCAUAAAAAUUUGCAAUUUAAUUUUAAGCACAAUUUGUGUGCGUUACACUUAAAAAAGGUAAAGGUACCCCUGCCCGUACGGGCCAGUCUUGACAGACUCUAGGGUUGUGCGCUCCUCUCACUCUAUAGGCCGGGAGCCAGCGCUGUCCGGAGACACUUCCGGGUCACGUGGCCAGCGUGACAAGCUGCAUCUGGCAAGCCUGCGCAGCACACGGAACACCGUUUACCUUCCCACUAGUAAGCGGUCCCUAUUUAUCUACUUGCACCCGAGGGUGCUUUCGAACUGCUAGGUUGGCAGGCGCUGGGACCGAGCGACGGGAGUGCACCCCGCCGCGGGGAUUCGAACCGCCGACCUUUCGAUCGGCAAGUCCUAGGCGCUGAGGCUUUAACCCACAGCUUUACACUUACCAUGUGCUUUAAAAAGUGGUGAACGGGUGUCCUUGCUCGUGGAUGAAGUGAGGAAUAUAAUAAUACACAUUUGAAUUUUAAAAUUAUUGUUAUUUUAGUAUUGAACUGGGGUUAUUUUAGAGGGGAAAGCAGGUUUUUAGGAUUAAGGGAUGUAUAACACACAUUCUAAGGGACGCGGGUGGCGCUGUGGUCUAAACCACUGAGCCUAGGGCUUGCCGAUCAGAAGGUUGGCGGUUUGAAUCCCCGCGAUGGGGUGAGCUCCCAUUGCUCGGUCCCAGCUCCUGCCAAUCUAGCAAUUCGAAAGCACGUCAAAGUGCAAGUAGAUAAAUAGGUAAGGUAAGGUAAGGUAAACAGUGUUUCCAUGCGCUGCUCUGGUUGCGCCAGAAGCGGCUUAGUCAUGCUGUCCACAUGACCCGGAAAAACUGUCUGCGGAGUGGAGAAAUGCUAGCUCCCUCGGCCUGUAAAGUGAGAUGAGCUCUGCAACCCCAGAGUCGUUCGUGACUGGACUUAACUGUCAGGGGCCCUUUACCUUUACCUUUAGCACACAUUCUGGUUUAAAUCUGUGUUUUGCUGCUCUACACCGGGCAGUGGGUUAUCUCAGCCAAGGGAUACUGGCCAAGUCAGUGGAGGCUGGUUCAUUAAGGGCAAAUGGGGCACUGCCCCACAAGCAUUCGUUUGCCCUAAGCCACACUCCACCUGCCUGCUUUAUUACUCAACAGAAAGUGUAGCUUCUUUCCCUUUAGUUUCAGUAUUGCCCUUAUAGAACCGAAUGGAGGAAGAUGGGGACAAAACUAGUCAGACGGCUCGGUCUGUCAUUUACUCUGGCUCCAUCUGCUGGUGAGCUCCCUGUCUUACACCCUACCAGUUCCAACGGGAACCAGCCACCUCUGGGCCAAGGAAGGAAAUGGGAGAGAACUGAUAAACACAGAAGGUUUUUGUAUCAACAGAACUAACAAUUUCUCUCACACCGAACAGGCUUGAUUCUCCUGGGUGGUGUGUAUAUAUGGAAACAAACCAAAACCCCUUUCACAUAGAAAACUCAGAUUAUUAGAAUAGUGUUAACCUAGCCUUGCCCUUGACAUGCUAGCUUUCCACAUGCAACCUGAAGUGGCAGAGCCAGGUUAACCAUCUGUGUGUGAAUUAGGCCUGCCUGAGUGGGUCCCUUUUCCUGGCCCAGUACUAAAGACUGAAAAAAAACAACCCAGAACAAAGGAUUAAUUGCUUUAAAACAAGGCAAAUUGUUGGUCCAUGUAGCUCAGUGCUGCCUACACUGACUGGCAGUGACUCUCAGCUUUCAGGCAGGGGAUAUAUUCUCAGCUUUACUAGGAGAUGCUGGGGGAUUGAACCUGGGACCUUCUGUGUGCAAGGCAGAUGCUUUACCACUGAGCUAUGGCUCUCUGGGGUUCCAUAGAGGGCUCUUUCCCAGCCUUAUCUGAAGCUGCCUGGGAUAAAAUCUGCGGCUCUCUAGACGCAGCUAUGGUCUCAGCUGCACACUCCAUUUAUUGGGAUGCUCAGCUGGUCUCAACGAUCAAGGUGGGCUCUCAUAAUUGACCCGAGCUGUCCUAAGGAAUAGGCAAUGCAAUCAAAUGCUUGUUUUUCAAGAAUUUUGAGUCCCAGCAUGUUCAGUUGAUCUUGCUGCCCAGUAAGUUUUGAGCUUCAACCUAAAUCUCCCAGUUUUAUUAUGGGUUUCUGUUUACUCACUGUCUGCCCCCUCCCAUCCAUUUUUAAUUGUUGCUUGUUUGGACUUCAUAUAACAAGACACACAAGUUUAAUCACAAUAUAUGAUUGAUCUUCAAGUGCCUCCAGAUUGCCUAUUGUUAAGCAUCCAUUUUAAUACGUUUGCAAGAGGUUAAAUGAAUUUGCAUCACAGCAAGUAUUAAUCCAAAGUGUUCCAGAUCAUUUCCUCCAUCACUUUCCUUACUACAAAAAGAGAAGUGGAUUUGUUCUACAGACCAUCCCAAGCAACUAUAAUGGUGCAACCUGAAUUUGCCAGGAUAUGAUUGAAUCCCUCUUGAAAAUAGUGACAGUCUGGAAGUGUCCUUGGUUUCAAGGUGUAUGAUAUGUUUCUCACCUGCCCCAGAAAACAACAAAACAGUAUUUGUCUAUGAACAAAGGGGAAGAGUGUUUAAAAAGACAAUUUUGUAAAAGGAGUGGAUAUUGUGUGUGUUGUUUGCUGAUUGAUUGUUAUUUUUCAUCUCCCUGGAAGGGGGAUACAUUUUGUACAAAAGAUCAUUGUCUAUUUUUGUAAAUAGAGCAAAAAAUAUAAAAUAAAAGCCAUCUUGUAAAGCCU